GGACCGAUUUGGUCAAAAACCAUUUAAUACUUCUCGAUCUACUAGUAGUAGACUCCGCCGCCGAUUCUAUGGCAUCUCAUCACCACCACCACAACCACGGCUGCUCACGCCACCAGAACCACCACAAUACCAUCCCUCUAUUCACAACGUCAUCUCACUGCUGCACUCAAAUCAACCACCAAACUCCUCCUCCUCCGCCGCCGCCGCCGCCGGAGGAUAAUCUUCUUCAUCUCGUCGCUGCUUACCUCCAAAAUCAGCAACAAGAAACGAAAUGUUCCUGCGAAACUUCGUGUCGAAACUUCAUUAGAGGUCAGCGCCAGCAAAAGAAUGUUCCACGAGAAUACGACCAAGUUGUUCUGUCUUGUCUUCUCCGAAAAAUCGAUGAUCUUGAAUCUUCGCUCAGCAAGUUUUCAUCUUUCUGUGACCAACGUCGAGAUCGUCACUCUAAACUCAAAGACUCGGCGGCGCGUGUCAUUCAAACUCAUUUCCGGUCUUACCUUGUUCACAGAUCCAUAUCCUUUAGGCAACUCAAGGAGCUUGCAAUGGUCAAAUCUAGCUUCUUGUCUCUCAAGUCUUCUGUUUCAGGGAAACCCAUUUUCCCAUUCAAAGCUGUUUCUCGGAAAGCUACAGACUUGCUUCUUCAACUUGAUUCGAUUCAGGGUAGGAUUGAUCCAAUGAUACGAAGUAGUAAGACAUCAUUGACUAGAGAGUUGGUAAGGUUUUUGCAGUAUGUUGAUGAUUGUGCUGUUAAAAGGUGUGGUUUUGUUGCUAAGUCUGCAAUAAGUGUGAGUAGCCGCAGCAAACUUGAUGGCAAAAAGCCUUCUGGUGUAGCUGAAAACAGAACAAUUGAGAAAUCGAGGAAAGGAAUGGGGAAAGUCUUUGUUACGUCUAGUGAGGAUGAAGAUAGCAAUGCAGAUAUGACUGAUGGUAGUGAAGAAGUCCCAGUGAGUUCUAUUGAUAAGAGAAAGAUUGGUAGCUCUAAGUCUAGAACUGGGGUUGUGAUAAAAGGCAAUGUAGUGAAGCCUCAGGGUAGGAAAUUUAUUGUGUUGGACAAGAAUAGGAAUGUGUAUCAGGUGUAUGGAAAUACGGAUGAUGUGAUUUCGAGUGGCGAGGAUGAUUCAGUUGAUGGUGAUGAGGAAACGCUCGUGAUGUCCAGGGAUAAUGGAAGGGGGCAUGGUUUGAAAACGAGGAAUGGGGUUUCAGUGAAAGGAAGUGGAGUGAAAACAACCCGGGUGGUGAAAGCUGUGAGCAUUGAUGGAAAUGGGAAUAUAUGUAAGGUUUAUGGAAAUACAGACGAUGAAACUUCUAGUGCUGAGGAUGAUUCAGUUGAUGAUGGAGAGGAAACGUUGGUGAUGUCCCGGGAUGAUGGAAAGAGGCAUAGUUUGAAAACUGGGAACAGGGUUUUGGUGAAAGGGAGUGGAGGAAAAUCAUCAAUCCCAGUGGUGAAAACUGUGAGCUUUGAUGAGAAUGGGAACGUGUACAAGGUUUAUGGAGAUACGCCAGAGUCAAGCAUAACCGAGGAAGAUGACUCGACGACAAGCGGAUCAAACAAUGGAAAUGGUGAAGAGAAAGGGAACGUGAAUGAAGUUGAGGAAAUCAAAUACGUUCCCAAAGAAAACGAGAGCUUUGAAGAUGAAGAAGAAGAAACUGAUUCUGAAAAUGAAGUCUCUUCUUCAGAGGACAGCGAAGGAAACAGAAACGUGAACCACGAAGAAAGUAACAAACACGAGAAGGAAGUCCAGCUUCAAAAAGGGAACUUAAUGUUCUCUCCUCCAUUGCCACUAAAAAUGGAGCCUUGAUCAGUGGUGAAUGUCCUCCAAAGCGAUGACUUCGCGCUUAUGCCUAGUUUAAUUCCACAAACCUGCAUUUUGGUAUGUUCUAGAAACCUCAAUAAGAUGACCUUUCUAGUUGUAGAAAUUGUAACAUAACUGCAUUGUGAGUCUUUUGCCUCAUUCUGUACUCUCUACCGCCAUUUUCGAGUCCAUGUCUUUUGAUAAAUGCUAUUCUUUUGAGUGACCAUGGUCUCCACAGUUGCUUGUAGAGAUCAGCUUGAUUAGGUUGAUCAGUUGGAGUGUGUAAUCUUGUUUUUUUCCCUUUUUCUUUCUUGUCUUUGUACCUCUCCUUGACACUCAUUUAGAAGUUUUUGUUUGUUGCAUUAUGCUCGAGUGGUGUGUAUCAAAAUUCAAAUCCAUCAAUCAUUCGGUACAA